ACGAGUGGAUUCAGGGCCUUGAGUUUAUUUUCGAGGUCAUGGAUUGUCCAGACAGAUAUCGCGUAAUCUGCGCUCAGCUUCAGCUAACCGGUGAUGCCCGGCUCUGGUGGAACGCCUACUGGAGCAUGCGUCCCGGCGAGAAGGCGGGAUGUACAUGGGAUAUGCUCAAGGAGCUAAUCCGCGAGAAGUACUACCCCACUUAUUACAGAGCAGAGAUGGAGCGUCAGUUCUUAUCGCUCCAGCAGGGUACUCGUACUGUUGAUGAGUACGAGAGAGAGUUUACUAGACUUGCAGCUUUUGUUUCGGACAUGGUUCGCACGGAGGCACAGAGAGCACAGCGCUUCAUUGACGGGCUUUACCCAGCAGUCCGUCACAAUAUUGUAGGUCACGGGACCCAGACGUAUGCUCGUGCAGUUUCUAUUGCCCAGGAGGUGGACGCCAGCAUUAGGAGGGAGGCUGUCCGUGAUCGUUCUCAGCCAUCCGCCCCAGUUCAGCCAUUCACAGCUCCACCAGCUAUACCAUCUGCUCAGCCAACGAAGGAGAAGAAGAGGAAGGGGAAGGGUGCACAGACCGACAGGAGGACCCGACAGAGACAGCAGCAGGUUCCACCGUGCCCGACUUGCGGACGACUUCAUCGCGGAGAAACGGCGUUGUACAAACUUCGGGCCGCAGUCUCUAUCUUCCACUACGCGUUGAAGUUUCCGACAACCCGAGGAGAAGGAACCCACCUCGGAGAUCAAAGAGAAGCUAGGCAAGUUGUAACGUUCAUCCCAUCUCACGGAGUUCAUUCAGCUUCAACAAGUAACAAUGAAACCUCCCUACAACAUCACCAUCCGAAUGAUGUGGUGACCGAAGAACCGAGCAACCACAUCGGUGAGCCUUCCACCUCGGAUCCUUUAACCGAGGACCGAGGACGCCGACCCGGAAAAGAGCCCCUCCUAGAAGAAGAUGAGCUGGAUCCCAGAGCCUUGUUUAAAGACAAAAGUCGACCUGAUCGAGCCGAACCUGGGGAAGACGUGGAGUUAGUCUAUAUUGACGAACCAAUCUUCCACAAGUCAUUACGUAUCGGAAGUCAUCUUCAGGAACCACUUCGGUCAGAACUUAUUGCGUUUCUCAAGCAGAAUUCUGAUGUCUUUGCCUGGAAGCACGAGGAUAUGAAGGGUAUCGAUCCCGGUGUCGCUAGCCACAAACUAAACCUCGAUCGAACAGUCCGGCCUGUUGUACAAAAAAGGAGGAAACUGGGGCCGGAUCGUCAGAAGGCAUUGGAAGAAGAAGUUAAAAAACUAGUUGACAAUAAAUUCAUCAAGGAAGCCAAAUACCCGACGUGGGUCUCAAAUCCAGUGCUCGUUAAAAAGAGUAACGGGUUGUGGAGAUUGUGUAUUGAUUUUUCCGACCUCAACAAGGCGUGCCCAAAAGACAGUUAUCCGCUUCCCCAUAUUGAUUAUAUGGUUGACGCCACGUCGGGACAUGAAUUGAUGAGUUUCAUGGACGCAUACUCCGGCUAUAACCAGAUUCCUAUGGAUCCCGAGGACUCUGAAUACACUUCAUUCUAUUCGGCCCGAGGUCUGUAUUGUUACACUAUGAUGCCGUUCGGAUUAAAAAACGCCGGAGCCACAUAUCAACGUCUUGUCAACAAGAUGUUCGCAACAUUGAUCGAACACACUAUGGAAGUGUAUGUUGAUGACAUGCUCGUGAAGUCGGUGCACGCCUCUGAUCAUAUAACGCAUCUUCGAGACAUGUUCGCCAUCCUCCGAUGUUAUUCCAUGGUGCUGAAUCCAAAGAAAUGUACUUUUGGAGUUGAAUCCGGAAAGUUUCUAGGCUAUAUGGUUAGCCAGCGCGGGAUAGAAGCCAAUCCGGCCAAAAUAAAGGCCAUUCAAGAUCUAACUCCCCCAACCUCGGUCAAGGGUGUCCAGGCCCUAACCGGCCGACUUGCUGCGCUCAACCGGUUCAUCUCCAAGUCUACAGAUCGUUGUAAGCCGUUUUUUGAAGCAAUUAAGAAAGGGAAACGUUUUGAGUGGACUGAGGAAUGCCAAAAAGCUCUCGACAAUCUCAAGGAGACGCUGAUCUCUCCCCCGACUUUGCAAAAGCCGAAACCCGAGGAGAUGUUGUUCUUAUACCUCGGAGUUAGUGAAUCGGCCAUUAGCGCUGUUUUGAUAAGCGAAGAAGGAUUGCUGCAAUCACCUAUCUAUUAUGUCAGUAAGGCCUUACACGAUGCCGAACUACGUUAUCCUCCGAUGGAAAAGUUAACAUUUGCACUUGUGAUAGCAGCCCGGAAAUUACGACCCUACUUCCAAGAGCAUUCUAUAACUGUUCGCACUUCAUAUCCACUUCGGCAAAUCCUGCACCGACCUGACACCUCGGGGCGCAUGGUUAAAUGGGCCAUUGAGCUCGGACAAUUCGACAUCCACUAUCAACCGAGGACUGCAAUCAAGGCCCAGACCUUAUCCGACUUUAUCGCCGAGUUUACCCCGGCCAUCACAGUUCACUGUAAUAAUCAACCAUGGGUCCUCUACAUUGAUGGCUCUUCAACAGCCGACCGAGCAGGCGCAGGGAUAGUCUUAGCUGAUCCAGAGAAUCGGUUAUUCU